CUUUUCGAUGCAUUGGCGCCUCAGGAACCCGUUCUCGUCUGGGCUGCCAUCGCCCUCGUCUCCCACUCUCCUCGUUGGGACGCCACCCCCAUCGACCCAACUAUCAUGACGAAACUCGCCGCAUACCAAGAAGAUCUCGACUUUGACAAUAGCGAUGUCGAGAACGCCAUGACCUGCCUUGUCUUUGUCCUCAUACAAUCACCUCUUCUCCUUGCUGUUGCCAAACAGGCGCCCGACAACAAACUCUUCUUGAAGUUGACAUAUGCUCUUCUCACAAUCAGAGAGUACCGACAAAACCUUCGCGACUUCACCACCAUCUACGAUAAUGAUGAGGACGCUGGGCUGUUGAUCACCGCCCUCGAUCUUCCCGGCCACAGCGCCAUUCAACGAACCAUCUCAGCUCUGUCGCCCGUCCGUGCCAUCAAAGACUUGAUCAACCUCGUUCCUGACAACCAAUGGGGCAACAACACUGCCGCCUGCAAGACAUAUCUUCGCAAUGCGAUCGAGCAAGUUUACAGACUUGACGACAACCGCGGCCGUACAGCAGCUAGUGAGGAUCUCAACGUCGACAAGGAGAUCUUGCAGUGGAUGUUCCUGUGCGGCAGGCCUCCCGUCAACCCUCACGUCUUGAACAACCAUAUCUGGUUCUUGAUCAAGUGCCACUGGGCUACUGUGUGUGCACAGCGCCAGCCAGUUUGGUAUCUCACGGGCUUCGCUGGUCGUAUGUUCAACCAGUUCUGGUCAGAAAAUAAAGCGGAUAACGUAGGCGUGGAAUGGAGAUACCUCAAGGUUGCCGUUAUCAACGUGGUCGCCGGUCUUGGUUGCGCUAUUCCUGAUCGUUGGGAUGCUGUCCGCGCUGAUCCCGGUCGUUGA